CCCCCUCGGUCUUCCCCCUCCAAACACUUCCAUUGAAUAGAAUGAGAAGCGCCACGGCGUCCUCAGUGCUUGGCCUUUUGGCACUUGCCUCCAUCGCCUCUGCCCAAGUCGGCACCGUAUGCCCUUCCAAUGACGUCUGCUUCAAAUUGAACAUUCCUCAGAGCACUGCCUCUUCGGGUACCGGAGACAUCUUCUUCCAGAUCCAAGCACCAAGCAAAUAUGAGUACGUUGCAUUGGGCCAAGGUAACGGCAUGGCCAACUCCAACAUGUUCGUUGUCUACACGUCGUCGAGCGGAUCCAACGUCACCAUAUCCCCACGAACCACCAGCAGUCACUCGCCCCCGGAUGCCAACCCCAAUACCAGACUGCAAUUGCUUGAAGGCUCUGGCGUAUCAAACGGUGUCAUGACUGCAAACGUCAAGUGCUCCAAUUGCAACAGCUGGUCUGGCGGCACCAUGGAUUUCACAGCGAGCAAAGGCAACUGGAUCUACGCCUACAAAUCGUCGGGCGGCCCACUCAACUCGGACGAUGUCUCGGCCCAAAUCACCAGGCAUUCCAGCGAAGCUGUCUUCUCCUGGGACUUUGCAAAUGCCAAGGGUGGUGCCAGCGUCAACCCGCUCAUCAACACCCCACCAGCUACUACCGGCGGAGCUGGCGGCAGACCCAAUGGCGGCAGCACCACUACUGGCGUGACUACUAUCAGAGCCAGUGGCUCCAACAGACGCGCAAUGAUCAUUGCUCACGGAGUCCUCGCUUCCCUCGCCUUCGUCAUCUUCUUCCCCGUCGGUGCCAUUCUUAUCCGCGUAGCCUCUUUCCCGGGCCUGGUCUGGAUCCACGCAGCUUUCCAAGCCUUUGCCUAUGUCAUCUACAUCGCUGCUGUCGGUCUCGGUAUCUACAUUGCUUGCGGUGCAAACCAGCUCAGCAACCACCACCCCAUCAUUGGUUUGGUCCUUUUCGCCAUUCUCUUCUUCCAACCCGCCUUGGGCUGGAUGCACCACGUUUUCUACAAGAGAACUGGAGGUGCUACCAUGUGGACACAUGCACACGUCUGGGUCGGCCGCAUCGCUGUCACCCUUGGUAUCAUCAACGGCGGUCUUGGACUCAAACUCGCUACUUGCUCCGGUAAUGGCUCUCGUGCCGGUGAAAUUGUCUAUGGUGUCAUUGCCGGUCUUAUGUGGUUGGUAUGGGUUGCUUGUAUCUUCAUUGGCUCCAAGAGGAAGCAAGCGGCUGUGGCUGAGACAUCUCAAAAACUAGCAGACGAGAGGAGGUCAGGCUCCAACCCAGGCAACGCCGAAAUGGCCGGACAUUAUGAUCCCAAGCAACAGUGAGCCAGGCCAUGAGCCUGCUACAAAGGGGAAUGUUGUUCAUUACAUACACGCAUAUCCUGCACAUCAGGGUACAAUAUAGGGCAAUGUCCAACUACUUCAUCUUGCACUAUCAUCCCAUCUAGGUGUGUGAGUAGUUUGUCAGCCAUCUCACCUUUGUCUUUUCCUCCAAUAUCUUAGCGUACAUCGUAUGGUUACGAAUUCAUAAUGUCUACAUCUCUUUCUAAAUCUACAAUGGACUUUCUGAGUGUG